AUGGCGAAUGUAACCCAGCUUAGUUACGGAAGAUACCAGUUCGUGGAGACCAGGGCCGAAUUGGCGAUCCCUUGUAUUGUCAUCAUUACACUGGCAUCUGUCAUUGGGACAUUUGGUAACAGUCUCAUUUUAACGGUAUUGAUCAAGUAUCGAGGACUGAGAAGUACAGAAGCGAUUUUCAUUGGGAACCUGGCUGUCUCGGAUAUGUAUGUCACUUUGGUAGCGGAUCCCAUGAGUGUUCUAGCAAAAUUAGAAGGAGAGGACUUUUUCGAGAUUUAUCCACUGCUGUGCAAGACGAUUGGUUGCAUGUGUACAAUCUCCUGUGUGUGUUCUCUACUCACCAUCGGCGGGAUGGCCUUCAAUCGUUACUUCCACAUCUGUAACUAUUCUGUCUAUCGCACCUUGUUCACAAAACGCAGCGUUAUCCUCAUGUGCCUCUCCUUCUGGUGCACUGGAGUGAUUCUAGUACUGAUUAACUUGGCCGGUGUUGGAGACCACUCCUUUGACCGGAAGUCAUUGGAGUGUAUAUGGGACAGGAUGGCUUCGCGCGCUUUCACUGUUGUCUUCUCGGUCGUGAUGGUGUGGAUCCCGCUCUGCUCAAUAUCAUUCUCGUACAUCAAAAUAUACCAGCACGUCAUGAAGAGCAAGAAGCGGGUCCAUGUGGCUACGGUGGAUAGUAUGACCUUACCAAAUGCCACAGGAAACCCCAAACUCGUUCCAAAAGGCAUGAGAGAAAGAGAUAACGAACGAGGACUUCGUCUGGCCAAGACUCUUUUUGUGAUCUAUGCCGUGUUCACAGUAUGCUGGCUACCCUAUGCACUCCUCAUCGUCGUAGACUGGAGGGACGAGUUCGCGCACGAGCUUCACCUUCUCAUUACGAUGACCGCACACCUACAUCCAUCCCUCAACUUUAUCGUCUACUACGUCACCCAUCAAAAAUUUAGACGCGCAUUUACGGACGUCUUUAAGCGAUGCGCCCAAAUUCGUCACCGGCGCACACAACCAAUGGCAACAACUCGCAGUUUUACCAGCAAUGAUAAAAGUGAUCAGUGA